CCCUCAUAAGAUUGUAGCUAAUGGUACAUCCCCAGCUCCUAGCCAUGUGAUUGGUACAUCCUUGGCUCUUAGCCAUGUGAUUGGUACAUCCCCGGCUCCUUGCCCUGCUGAAGCAACGUGCUGAAACCUCUCUGAAGCCAGAGCACUCAGCCUGCGGGCAUCAGCUAGAGUCAGCCAGUUAGAGUUCAGGAGAGCGUUGCUGCUGUGCCUCUGUGUGAGUGUGUGCAUGUGUGUGUGUGUGUUUCUAUAUGUAUGUUCAUGACUUAGUGUUCACAGCAGCUUCUUAGGAUGAGCGGCAGAGAGAGACAGACGGUGUUGUGAUUGAGAAUUGGCAACAUCACCUCUCUCUGUCGCCUCAUCCUGGCAUCUGCCCUUCUGGCAUUUCUCUCCUCUGGCUUGGACCUGCAACCCUGCUGACAUGUCUUCUCCUCCUGGAUCCUCGGACGGCAGCCAGAGGAAUAGCUAUGAGCUGGACAAGGCGCAUGCCCAGAAGAUGACUGCUCAGGUGAAGGAGGCGGAGCCCACACAAAUGAAGCUAAAGGGGGUUGAGCCUCCCCACGUCAAGGAGGCGGAGCCUUCCCAACUGACACUGAAGGAAGCCGAGAUGGCACAGGUGAAGCUGAAGGAAAGGCAGAAGUACUUUGAAGAGGCGUUCCAGCAAGACAUGGAUCAGUACCUGUCGACUGGCUACCUGCAGAUCAAUGAGAGGCGAGGGCCAAUAGGUAGCUUUUCAUCAAUGGAGGUAAAUGUGGACAUGCUGGAGCAGAUGGACCUAACAGACAUGUCUGACCAGGAGAGCUUCGAUGUCUUCCUCCACUCUGGGGGAGAGGAAAACAGUGCAGCGUCUCCCAUUCUGGGUCCAGAAGGGGAUUCGUUCACCACGGAACUCAGCUUGCGGGUUCCCACCCAAGCUGAGCUUAGACACAAGUUGUCCUCAGUCUCCUCCACUUGCACAGACAACCAGGACACUGAGGCCGGGAAAGACGAUGACCACAACGACAGCAAAGAGAGAGCUGGCGAGGGGGGCGGCAGCCAAGUUCCGGUUGUGGGGGCGCCACCGUAUAUUUCAGAGGUUGCCCCCAACUUGGCCCUAGCAGGAAGGCCACCGCUUCAACGUCAGCCCAGAAACCAGAGCCUUAAACACUCUGACAGCACCACACAGGCCACAUAAGGGAGUCGAAGAAACCUGAACAGGCCAGGACAAUGAGAGGAUCGCACCGAAGACACUAAACCAACCACAAGACUGUGAGGAUGGGACCUAAGACACUAAAUAGACCAGAAGACUGAAAUGGGACCUAAGACAAUAAACCAACCACAAGACUGAGAGGAUGGGACCUAAGACAAUAAACCAACCACAAGACUGAGAGGAUGGGACCUAAGACAUUAAACGGACCAGAAGACUGUGAGAAUGGAGCCUAAAUCAGACCAAAUCCCUGAGACGAUCAAACGUAAGACACUAAACAGAUCAAAACCUUGAGAGGAUGGGAUCUAAAAAACAAAGCUCUUGAGGAUGGGACCUAAGACACUAAAUAGACCAGAAGACUGAAAUGGGACCUAAGACACUAAAUAGACCAGAAGACUGAAAUGGGACCUAAGACACUAAAUAGACCAAAACCUUAGACCGGCUGCUAUGCACUGGAUGCACUGAGGAAAAGAUGCAUUGUUUCAGUUUUCUGUGUUUUCAUCUCCUUUUGUAGAACAUUGUGUGGUUGCCAGUACUAUUUCCUCCAACUCUCGUGACUUGUUUUUAAUAAACGUCUCAACCCCUGUA